AUGGGAGACGAAUUGGAGGUAGUGAUCGACGCGACCACCUAUUCUCUAGUGGUUCCUCCGCGCAGCGACACCGAACUAGUGGUCGCAGAGCGCAAGAAGUUGCUCGGUCAUAUUGACCUGAAGACGCUCGUGGAAGACCUGAGUCGUGUCGGGAAGUGUAUCCGCGUCGCAUCGAACGGCGUAACAGCAGCCGGACCGAAAUUCACGGAACUACAGAUCGAGAUACAAGACCUCGGCUACGACGUGACGAAGCUGUGCGACAAGUCCGCUAUCACGGUCUCCAGUUCCACCAACGUGCCUGUGCCCGAUCAUUACCGACCUGCAGCGACGUACGAGUACUUGCUCGACAACUUGGAAGAUGUCGCCCUUGAUACGCUAGCGUCCGUUUCGAAAUUAGCUGGGCAGAUGGGCCGAAGCAGCCAAAGAGCUCCAAGAAGCGUUGACAAUCAGGCUAAUAAAGUGCGUAAGUGGCCAAAAAGACGCAGAUGUCGCAGGGCAACAAGCACAACUUGUCCCGACCAAACAGAAAGAAGAGGAGCAACUGAAGAGAAACGAAGCUCCAGGAUGACGUCCGUCAAGGAUGCCCGACGGGCGGAACUCGACGCAGAGCGGGCAGUCCGGGAGUACGAAAUGAAGGAAGAUGAGGCAUUGAGGCACUCGGUGACGACGGAGUAUUCUGGUGCGCCUUAUCAACGUUUAACCUCGAGCUACUUGGUGCACGUUUUAGGGGUGACGGAAGGGGAGGGAGAAGAAAGUGAGCACUGGAAAAAGAAGAAAAUUUGA